AUGUUCACCAAUGACCGUGGGGACCAGGAUACUGACACACUCUCAGGAGUGAGCUCAGACGUAACCAUAGUGGACUGGGAUGGCCCAGAUGAUCCGGAAAACCCGCUGAACUGGUCCAAGGCGCGGAAAUGGCUCAUCACCUGCGUCUCUCUGCUCAUGACGUUUGUUGCGCUCAUGAACGGCACCAUCAUCACUGUCGCCCACGAAGCCAUCAACGAGCGAUUUGGUAUCAGCGACGCCGUCUUUCCGCACUCGUACUGGCCCGUGACCUCCUGGGCUCUCGGAGGCGUCUUCUUCUCUCUGCUUGUCCUCCCCAUCAUGGAGGACUUUGGCAUUCGACGCACCUUCCUCGUGACGCAUCUCCUGUUGAUCCUCUUUGUCAUUCCCCAAGGCGUGGCGCGGAACUUUGAGACGCUCAUCAUCACUCGUUUCUUCGCGGGAGGCUGCGUCACCGUCAUCGGCAACAGUGCUGCCAGCGUGAUCGGGAAUGUUUGGGAGACCGAGAAGCAGCGCAGUAAGCCCGUCAGUCUUUGGAUCUGGGCCUAUCUGGCGGGGAGCAGCGUGGGCCCCGUGAUUGGAGCCUCCAUCCUGCAAUUCCUGUCAUGGAGGUGGAUCUCCUAUCUGCAGCUGAUCUGGUACGGGGUGUUGUUCCCUAUCAACUGUUUGGUGUUCAAGGAAUCGCGGGACGCGAUCAUCCUGCACCAGCGGGCGAAGAGAUUACGCGCCAAGGGUCAGAAUGCAUAUACCCGUCAGGAACUACAGGCCGAACCUCUCAAGCAGCUGCUGGUCACGAGCAUCCAGCGACCCCUCAAAAUGCUGGUCACCGAGUACGUGGUCUUCUUCUCGACGCUGUGGUCCGCCUUUACCGUGGGCACUCUGUACCUCUUCACCCAGUCGGUCGAGCAGGUGUUUGUGGGUCUGUAUGCCUGGGGUCCCGUCGAGGCCGGGUACGUCCAGGCCGCCAUUGUUAUCGGCGAAGUCGUCGGAUGGCUCUUCUCGAUCCCCUCGGCCAAGCUAUACUUCCACUCGGCCCGUCGCAAUACCGAGAUGCCUGGUCUCCCCAUCCCCGAAGCGCGGCUGUACAUGUCUGUGGCCGGCAGCGUGGUUGGCAUUUCCGGAGGCAUGUUCGUGUACGCGUGGACCUCGUAUCCGAGUCUCCCGUGGAUCGCCCCCGCGGUGGGAUUGUUCCUGGUGGGCGCGGGGAGCGUCGUGGUGGUCUCUGGACUGGCGGAUUACAUCGUCGAUGCGUACAGCAAGUACGCCGGCAGUGUCAUGGCGUGUUUCGUGCUGGGGGAGAAUACCUUUUCGGCCUUUCUGCCUCUGGCGGCCAUGAGCAUGUACAACACCUUGGGGUUCCAGUGGGCCAGCACGCUGCUGGCUUUUAUCAGCUUGUCUCUGGUCCUAGCUCCGAUUGCGUUUAUUGUUUGGGGGAGGAAAGUGCGCGAGAAGAGUCCGUAUAUGAGAGAGGUCAUAAAGGAGAAAAGGGCGCAGGCAGGCCUGUGA